UUAGAACUUAUAUUUAAAAGGAUUUUGUAUAGAUAAAAAAGUAUAAUUAAAAUUAAAUAUCAUUUUAAUCUAUGUGAACAAAAUGGGUAGCAAGCAUCUUUACUUUCAAACAAAACUACAGCAACUUGUGGCUGUAAAGGGAAACAGAGUUAAAUGUUUGCAUCUCCAAUCAUACGUCAAUGUCAAAGUCUGCAACCACACAAACGCAAAUUUGGAUUUUUACACGAAGUAAGGCCAAAGGCAAACCACCAGUCGAGCGUCACCGCAGACGUCACAAGUAGUCUGAUACAGUUUUGCGUUUUUUUUUUUUGAUGAAGACGUAUACAUGCAUGUGCAUGCAUACCUGACCAAGUAUCAAAAUUUAAUUACGCAUCUCUCUCUAUAUAUAUAUAACACCCCAAGACUCCAAGAGACAUUUAUUCUUGUAUUGGACUUCAUUAACUUCAGUGUGAAGAACAAAACAAACAACAAUUAAUGGCACCACCACCACACUUUCUACUCGUAACAUUCCCUGCGCAAGGCCACGUGAACCCAUCUCUCCGUUUCGCUCGUCGCCUCAUCAGAACCACCGGCGCACGUGUCACUUUCGUCACGUGCGCCUCCGUCUUCCACCGCUCUAUGAUAUCUAAGCACAGCGACCUCGACAACCUCUCUUUCCUCACUUUCUCCGACGGCUUCGACCAAGGAGGCCUCACCACCGCCGAAGACCUUAAGAGCCGGUCCGCGAAUCUCAAGAACAACGGCGAGAAAGCCCUGUCGGAGUUCAUCGAAGGUAACAAGAAAGGUGACUCUCCGGUGACUUGCUUGGUCUACACGAUACUCCUCAACUGGGCUCCAAAAGUGGCAAGUAGGUUUCAGCUCCCCUCUGCUCUUCUCUGGAUCCAACCUGCUUUGGUUUUUAACAUUUAUUACAACCACAUCAACGGAGACAACAACAACUCUUGUCUCGAGUUCAAGAACCUUUCGUCUAUAGCAACACGUGAUCUUCCUUCUUUCCUCACGCCUGCUAACACAAACCAAGGGGCGUACAAAUCGUUUCAAGAACUCAUGGAGCUUCUCAAAGAAGAAACCAACCCGAAGAUUCUCGUUAACACGUUCGAUUCUCUGGAGCAAGAGGCGUUAAAGGCUUUACCGAGUGUCGGAAUGGUGGCGGUUGGUCCUUUACUUCCUUCGGAGAUGUUCACAGAAUCAGUUAAGGAUUUGUCAAAUGAUCAAAGCAGUAGUUAUAGCCGUUGGCUAGACUCGAAAACAGAGUCCUCUGUUAUCUACGUUUCUUUUGGAACGAUGGUUGAGUUGUCCAAGAAACAGAUAGGGGAGCUAGCGAGAGCUCUCAUAGAAGGUAAAAGACCGUUCCUGUGGGUGAUAACUGAUAAAUCCAACAGAGAAGCGAAGUUAGAAGGAGAGGACGAGACGGAGAUCGAGAAGAUUGCUGGUUUUAGGCACGAGCUUGAAGAGGUUGGGAUGAUCGUGUCUUGGUGUUCUCAGGUGGAGGUUUUGAGACACAGAGCGGUUGGUUGCUUUGUGACUCAUUGCGGGUGGAGCUCGACGCUUGAGAGUUUGGUUCUUGGAGUUCCGGUGGUGGCGUUUCCGAUGUGGUCUGAUCAACCUACGAACGCGAAGCUUCUGGAGGAGUUGUGGGGGACAGGUGUGAGGGUGAGGGAGAACGAGGAAGGGUUGGUGGAGAGGGGAGAAAUAAGGAGGUGUUUGGAGGCAGUGAUGGAUGAGAAGCUGGUGAAGCUGAGGGGAAACGCUGAGGAAUGGAGGCGUUUAGCGGUUGAAGCGGGUAGAGAAGGUGGGUCAUGUGAUAAGAACAUUGAGGCUUUUGUGGAUGAGAUUCUGCUCAGUGAAGCAGAGGAGAUUAAAGACAAAGAUGAGUGUUCAAAAGGAAUCUAGAUCCUUCAAUUGGUUGUAUUACAACACAAAAAUACAUAUGUGUAUGUCUUGGACAAAUUAAUAUAAUAUAUAUAUAACUAUA